AUGGAGAAUGAAAUAAUGGAGAGAGUCAGAGAGGGGGAUUUUGAAGGGGCUAGAAAAGCCAUUCUAAAGAUAGAAGACAGCAUUAGGCUGGAACCGUCAUUAUAUGGUAAAAGAGCAUUGAUUGACAAAAUUCAAAGGCUGAAGAGUGUGUACAAUCAUCAUAUGCCGUUGGAUUCUGCAGAAAUUUUGAUGGCCGAGCCGUUUUUAUUGGCAAGGCAGGAAAAUGAGAUUACAAGUGCUGAUAACAAGAGAUAUGUUAGGAAUAUGCAUGGAGAGAAUGUUAUUAUUGAAGAUUGCUGUGAGGCUUUGAUUGAGCAGUGCAGUGGAUGUGUUUUUGAUUAUUUCUGCAGCGAAACCUCAGUGUUGUUAGUAGAUGUCAAGAGCAGUAGGAUUUCAUGCAGUGCACAUCAGAUAAGACUGAAUAACUGUGAAGAUGUAGAGCUCGUGGUUCAUACACAGACGGGUGUGUAUCUUCAGAGAUGCAAGGAUAUAGUGAUUGGCAGAUAUGGCGAUUCUGAAUGCAAUAAGUUUGCAUGUGUCUAUGACUUUUCGAAUCCGUUUGGAGGAGGAAGUUAUAGGAUUGUGUAA